AUCUGGACCGGCAAGAACCUCUCUCAUCGAUCAUAGCCACAUACUAAAUCAAACUCUCUCUCUAAAAUCUCUUUCUUUGAUCUUUUAUCUUCUUGAUCUUCCUAUAUAUGGAGAAGCACUAAAAGGGUUUUGGAGUGAUCGAUCAAGAAAAACGUAGAUCAUAGUAUAAAACUAAUCACAUAAACUUAGAUGUUCCGGUUUCCGGUGAGUCUAGGUGGUUCACGUGACGAAGCCCGUCACGAUCAGAUCACACCGUUGGAUGAACGUCGUGUGGUGGUUGGUGAGGUUGACUUCUUCUCGGAGAAGAGAGAUAGGGUUUCACGUGAGAACAUCAACGACGACGACGAAGAACCCAAUAAGGUUCACGUCAAAAUGGAGAAUUCACGAGCUGAAGAUAACGAUCGUUCUAGAGAUGUAAAUAUCGGGCUGAAUCUUCUGACGGCAAAUACGGGAAGCGAUGAAUCAACGGUGGAUGAUGGACUGUCAAUGGAUAUGGAAGAUAAACGUGCAAAGAUUGAGAAUGCACAACUACAAGAGGAGCUGAAGAAGAUGAAAAUAGAGAACCAAAGGCUAAGGGAAAUGCUGAGCCAAGCGACCAACAACUUCAAUUCCUUACAAAUGCAACUUGUUGCCGUCAUGAGGCAACAAGAACAACGUAUCUCCUCCCAAGAUCAUCUAUUGGCUACGGAGGGCAACGCAGUAGGAAGGAAACUGCCGGAAGUGCAAGCCAUGAUACCAAGGCAAUUCAUGGACCUCGGGCCGUCUUCUGGCGCAGCAGAGCAUGAUGCCGAAGUGUCAUCUGAAGAGAGGACAAUGGUGCUAUCAGGAUCUCCUCCUUCACUUCUAGAGAGUUCCAAUCCCCGAGAGAGCGGAAAGAGGUUGCUUGGGAGAGAAGAAAGCCCGGAAUCCGAGUCUAACGCCUGGGGAAACCCUAACAAAGUCCCCAAACACAAUCCACCCUCUGGAAACAACAACAACAGCAACGGAAACGGAAACGUUAUCGAUCAGUCUGCUGCCGAAGCCACCAUGCGAAAAGCCCGUGUCUCAGUUCGCGCCCGAUCUGAAGCUACUAUGAUAACCGAUGGAUGUCAAUGGAGAAAGUAUGGACAAAAAAUGGCUAAAGGGAACCCUUGUCCGCGAGCUUAUUAUCGCUGCACGAUGGCCGGUGGAUGUCCAGUUCGCAAGCAAGUGCAACGUUGCGCAGAAGAUAGAUCUAUUCUCAUAACCACCUAUGAAGGUAACCACAACCAUCCACUCCCACCAGCCGCAAUGGCCAUGGCCUCAACAACCACCGCAGCAGCAAGCAUGCUCCUCUCAGGCUCAAUGUCGAGCCAAGACGGUCUAAUGAACCCAACGAACCUCCUAGCUCGAGCCAUCUUGCCUUGUUCCUCAAGCAUGGCCACAAUCUCAGCCUCCGCGCCAUUCCCAACCAUCACACUGGACCUCACCAAUUCAUCCAACGGUAACACUUCGAACAUAGGCACUAAUAACCCGUUGAUGCAGUUCGCUCAACGGCCCGGUUUCAACCCUGCGGUUUUGCCUCAAGUGGUCGGUCAAGCUUUGUAUUAUAACCAACAACAAUCCAAGUUUUCCGGUUUACAGUUACCGGCUCAGCCGCUGCAGAUUGCGACCACUUCUUCGAUGGCCGAGAGCGUUAGUGCCGCUAGUGCAGCGAUUGCGUCUGAUCCAAACUUUGCGGCGGCUCUAGCGGCUGCAAUUACGUCCAUUAUCAACGGUUCUAGUCAUCAGAAUAAUAGCAACAAUAAUACUAAUGUGGCUACGAGCAACGGUGACAAUAGGCAAUAA